CUCCUUCCUUCCGCCGUGUGCUGCGGUCCGACAUGCUGCUGCCGCUGCUGCGGGCUGCCGGCUGCCGGCGUGUGGCCGGGCCAGCCACCGCCGCCUGGCUGCGGGGCUCCGCUCUCCGCGGCUUCCCCAGCGCCUGCCGCCGCGGGGCGGCUUUGGCGGCCGCCUCGGGACCCCAGCAGGUUACAGCUUUCCAAGGAAUAGCCGUUCGCAGCCUCUGCACAUCUUCCCCUCAUGAUCACCCAGAGCACGGAAGAUUAGUUUAUAAGGGGAAUUUGGCAAAGGCAGUGUUAGGUGUGAAGUUUUUCUCUUACUCCACCAGCAUAUUCAACCUGUUCAUGAUGCCCUACAUCAUGCUCAAAACUGGGAUUGGGUUUGAUAGCCUGCUGAUAGAAGCUGCCUUUUAUGGGCUGAUAGGGUUUUUCACCUUUGUGACCCCAGUGACUCUGCAUGUCCUUACCAAAGGCUACGUGGUUCGGCUCUAUUACAAAGAUGAUGUGGACACCUACACAGCCAUCACCUACAAUGUCAUCUUGGCAGAAAAAGCAACUGUUUUCCAUCAGAAAGAUGUAAAGAUUCCAGACAUCACCAAGAUGUUUACAACGUUUUAUGCUAAGACAAAGUCAAUGCUUGUGAAUCCAUCACUUUUCCCCAAUCCUCAGGAUUACAACCACCUCAUGGGCUAUGACAAAUCCUUGUACUUUAACUUAGAGCAGGGAAAGGAAGCUGGAGAAAGGAAGUGAUCUGAAGGUCAUGAAUGUCGGUGUCACCCUUGAUGGUGCAGUGCUAUAUAUGUAAAUGUAAAAGUCUAUUACCCUUUCUUAAGUAUAGGAGUUUCCCCAGUGCAGUCUGGAAUGUAGAACAAAGCAGCAUUUCUUCUAAACUUGUAAACAGUGUGGAAGGUUGAUCAGAGUUAAUGGCACCAAGCACAGUAAAAGAAAAAGCUCUUA